UUCCCCCGACUAACACCUUAUUGAAUCCUAGGAAGUCCUCAGAAAACGGGUUGAUACUGACAGCGCGGGGAUUAUAAAGCGAAGGCCAAGCAGCUGAAAUUAGUCAUUCUUCCAGUAACUUAUCUUUUUCCUUGUUGGCAUGUUACGAAAAUUAGCUAAAACGGAAGUAACAGCUAAACUUUCAAUGUCACAAUAACAUUUUUUCUCCAGUGACGCAAAGAAAUUGCAACUGCUAGUACUGUCUAGUUGGCUAGGUCUAUCAAGCUAACGGUCCUGUGAAAUAGCGGUGUUUGUUCACUGCAAAGAAGCAAAAGCUUUUGUUUUGUUUUUUAUUUUAUCCACCAUCUUUGAAGGAAGACAUUUAUUAGCGGGAACUAUUAACGUAUACGGACGCUUGACAGAUCACAGGGAUAGUUAAGGCGUUAACUAACAAACGUUUCUCGGGUAACGUUAUUUAGCACUCUAGCUAACAUCUUUGUGUUGUCUCGUCAAGCUAGCAGCUAGGUGCCACAUCCAGUCCGACGCUGAGCUGUACCUUUUCGGUAAACACUAGUAUCACCCAUCACCAUCAGCAACGUUAGCUUGCUAACCGACGUUGGAAUGAAUCGAAACUAGUGGCAUAGACUAGCGCCGCUAUCAAAGGGAAGGUCCGUCUUCUUUUCCUUCUGCACAGAUGACGCCGUUCCAACCCUGGUCACGUUUGUGUUGGGAAAAUAAUGGCAGCGCAGGAACCAUCACCACCCUCAUCACUGGAAGGCAACAAACCCGGAUUUCCGAAGAAGAUUUUGGCCAACAAGCUUGAAGAUAAACACCUGUGUAACUGUUGUCAGAAAAUUUUAAGAAGACCAUUUCAAGCCCAAUGCGGUCACCGUUUUUGUUCAUAUUGUUUUAAUAAAACUGUUAGUUCUGGGCCGCAAAAAUGUGGUGCUUGUAUUAAGGAAGAUAUAUUUGAAGAUCCAACAUCUAUUCUAAAGCAAGGCUGUGCGUUCCCUGACAAUGCAGCCCGGAGAGAAGUGGAGGCUCUGGCUGCCGUUUGUCCCAACGAAGGAUGCACCUGGAAAGGCAACAUUAAAGAAUACGAGCUGAACCACGAAGGCAAAUGUGAAUUCAUGAUCAUCCCCUGCCCGUCAUGCAAAGAACUCAUAAGAUUUAACGAGCAGGAACGUCACAACGAACGCGAGUGUCCAGAACGAACCCUGAAUUGCAAGUACUGCAAAGAGCCAUUUCAUUUUAAGAACAUAAAGGCUCAUGAUGAGAUAUGUCCAAAGUACCCUAUGAUAUGUGAAGGUUGUGCAAAGAAAAAAAUUCCCAGAGAGAAGUAUGUAGACCAUAUUAAGUUCUGUAGUAAAUUUAGAGCUCCGUGCAGAUUUCAUGUCGUUGGGUGUGAUAUGUCGGUGGAGAAGGAGAAGAUCCACGACCACGAGCGCGCCUGCUCCUACGAGCACCUGAACCUGCUGCUGCACUACAUCAUGGGCCUGAAGGUGAACUUGGAGGCCCUGCAGCCCCAGAGCUUGGAGCUGGCCAGCCACAAGGUGCACGAGCUGCACCAGUCCCUGCGGGACCUGGAGGUGAAGCUGGGGCAGCUGAGCACGCAGACGCCUCCCGCGCAGGGAGCCUGCGGCCCCGCCCCCGCCCCCUGCCCCGCCCCGCUGCCCACCUCCUUCACCCCGGUGCUGCCCAGCGCGGUGGGCGCCGCCCUGGAGCUGCAGCUGCACGGCGAGAAGACCAAGGUGGCCGAGCUGAGCCGGCGCUGCCAGGACCUGGAGCUGAAGGUGGGCACCUUCGAGAACAUCGUGUGCGUGCUCAACCGCGAGGUGGAGCGCUCGUCCACCACGCUGGACGCCAGCAACCGCCAGCACCGCCUGGACCAGGACAAGAUCGAGAGCCUCAGCAACAAGGUGCGACAGCUGGAGAGGACGGUGGGCCUGAAGGACCUGACCAUCGCGGAGAUGGAGGGGAGGAUGAGGGAGAUGUCGGCCGCCACCUACGACGGCGUCUUCAUCUGGAGGAUCUCCGACUUCACCAAGAAGAGGCAGGACGCCAUCGCCGGACGCGCGCCGGCCAUGUUCUCUCCAGCAUUUUACACCAGUAAAUAUGGCUACAAGAUGUGCCUGCGGAUUUACCUGAAUGGGGACGGGACAGGGCGUGGCAGUCACCUGUCCCUGUUCUUCGUGGUGAUGCGGGGACUGAGCGAUGCUCUGCUCAAGUGGCCCUUUAACCAGAAGGUAACGCUGAUGCUGCUGGACCAGAACAACCGCGAGCACGUCAUCGACGCCUUCCGGCCCGACGUCACCUCCUCCUCGUUCCAGCGACCCGUGAGCGAGAUGAACAUCGCCAGCGGCUGCCCGCUCUUCUGCCCGCUCUCCAAGCUGGACUCCAAGAACUCCUACAUCCGCGACGACACCAUCUUCAUCAAGGCCAUCGUGGACCUGACGGGCCUGUAGCCGCUAGAACCACCCCCCCCACCCCCCCAUCCCCCUUGUCCGCGCGCGCCGGACCGCCCUCGCCCGCCGCGCAGCGCUCGCUCUCGGCCGCCUCGCCCGAGAAGUCGCGCGGGGCGCCUGACGCGUGUGGCGAAGGCCCCGCCCCAUCACGGCCGCGCGACGCAAGCCGCUCUUAAGUGUUCGCUGCGUGUCAUGACGCUUCCGUGGCCGCUGUCGCUUUGCUUCGGCUCACCAGCAGGAGGCGGUGUGGUGCCGUUAAUAACGCAGGGAGGUUGUGCCGCUUUGAAUUAUCCAUCAGAAGCAGGUAGACUUUGUAUGUAGUACAUAGCUGCUUACCAAUCUGUAUUUUUCAUUUGCUUCAGAACUACACAGUUUUUUGUGCACUUCUUGUGCUCUAGAACGUUCCACAAAGAAACGUGACGUGAAGGUCUGACCUUCCGAGUAAAACCUUUGUGGGAAGACAAGUCAGACGUGCUAGAGGCUUGUAAAAUACUGUUUUCAUGGUGGAAAAUGUCUGUUCCUCUCUUGUCAGUGGGGUAGGCUGUGUUUGUAGUUGUGCCGUAGUUCAGUUAGCCUCGCCUGCAGUAUACGCAGCUGUUGCUGCGGUCUUCGCAGUAAAUAGGAGUGAGACUUCAGUACGCUCGCCGCUUGGUGUGUUCUCAUGCUUUUGGGCCCUUGCUCCCGUGGAAUAACCUGCCGCUUGGUCAUUUGUGUGCGCUAACUUAAUUUUGAGUGAAUUUGCAUAGACAGACGUGGAGUUAUAACAAUAAGACGACGCGCGUUUAUUUGACCUUUUUCGCGAUUAAUCCCCGCUAUUUUGCGAUGCCUGGGGUUUCUCAGACGGUGUGCAACUCAAAGUCUUCUCGCGUUCCCCCCCCCCCCCCCCCUUUUUGGGCUGUGCGUGCCUCUGAUCUCAAAUCCUGUGUUUUUUCAUUUGGUAAUUAUUUGUAGUGGUGGACAUUGCUUUGAAUUCCACGAAUCAAAGUACAGUAUUUGGAUUUAUUGCGGCCUUGUUGUGGUGUGUGAAGUGUCUGGUAGUCCGUUUUUUAAGGUCUCCCCUUUUUGCGAUGUUAGUCUGCAUGUUGGAUCUGUGGAAGAUACACUCAAGUUAGAGACAGAUCAUUGUUCGUUUUUUCCAGUGAAAACACUGAAUCGCCGAGAGCGAUCGAGCCCUGUCGACGAAUAAGCCCCUUCGCUAUCGAUAGCGUGACCGCGACACUAGAAUUGGCCCUUGGCUAAUAGGCUACGUGUACAGCGCCACUUCUUUGUGGUGGAGAUGGCCUGUGGAUAAAGGCCUCAGAAAGUUCCGGAUUUUAGUGAUUUAGGCCUUAAAAAAAAAGGUUUCAUAAAGCCGUGUUAUAGCUGCAAUCAUGACGCGUUACAAGGCUUCUCCGGUUCCCCGGAUGUGCAGAGCAGGUUCUCGAUCUCGGUGUGUGUUCUCUUGUUUGCCGGUGAAUACUUCCAGAAGGAAAGGCCUUCGUCUGUUAGGCCGACACCGAAGGUCGCGUUCGAUCCAGCCUGUCUUUAAAUCAGCCGUGAUUACAUAUUGAAACUCUCUGUGCAUGGGAAGUUUCUCUUGUGGAAAAAUAGCAGAUUAUUAGCGAAGCUAAACAUAUUUCAUUUCCUUUUCCUUUGAGAACUGGGAAGCUUAUAAGCACACUGACUGUAUGGCGCUUUUUAAGGUGACUGUGCUGUAUUGCUUAUUUUGAUUAAACGUAAGCAGAUGCGUAUGUGUAAUAUAACGAUAAAGCCUAUGCACUUUUAACAACUGCCGUAUUCUGUCAGUAUAUAAUGCUGUAUUUGAUAAUUAUUAAUGCUAUGUCUAUUCAGUUAUGAUAGAUUCUAUUAAUUAAUGAUAUUGGUACUAUUAUGCGCUGGUUUAAAAACAGGUUUGGGUUUAUUUGGCCGCAGCAGCAAUCCCACACAAAAGGCCCUCUUGAAAGAACAGGAAGUGACCUCAUUCUUUUCUUCCGUGUUGUUUUUACGAAAUCGUUCAUCGUACGGCUCACGCACUCGAAAGGAUUAGCAAAAUCCACAAGGAUCCAUCUAAAAUAGUUUGAUCGUUCGAUGAGGUAUAGAUUUUUUUUCAAUAAAGUAUUUCUGCGUGUUGGUCGUUUUUGGCCCAAACGAUGGCUAAAAUAACUGUGUAAAUAUUGUUUCAGAUCAAAGGGGGCGUAUAAUCCGACCUCUGUGAUGCUUUGUAAUUACUUUGGUGAGGAAUUCAAGCAAGCAUUUCACUUAAAAUUGGUAAAAACAGUAUUGUCGUGUAUGAUGUGAAGAAACGUAAUGCUUGAACUCUACCCAAAUUCAAAGCUGCAGAGAAGGGGUCAUAGUUCAAAGACCCCUCUAAAUAAUUUCAUGAAAAAACAGAAGACAUGCUACUAAGUGCAUCCGCAUGUAAUGGUCUGUCCAUGAUCAGUAUUGUUUAUGUAUUAUCAAAAAGAAGUGUGCUUAAAUUUAAUGUGCGAUACUGUGACUGUGUUAGUUCUGCAUAGCAUUUUUAUUAAUCCCAUUCUUUAACCAACCAGAUUGGAUAUGCACCAUAGGACAGGCUGCGUCCUUGUGUUUGCCUGGUUCAGCCUACGUGUUAUUCACAAUUGUAACCCAGUCUUUACAAGUGAUAUUCUGAUUGUCGUCUUGUACGUCAUGAGAUUUGUUGUUUCAGUGCUAAGGUGUCCUGAGUAGCCGUAAAUUGUACUAUACUCAAAUUACAUUUAAAGAAAAGUAGUUAAGCAUGCUUAUACACUAAAUCUUAGAGCGCACAAGUUAUGCUAACUCAUUUUGGUGUUUUAUUUAGUUGUAUAACAGAUGGCAGUCAUUUGCUGCCUGUAUUUAGUACGUAAUGAGAGGUAUAGCCUGCUGGCACUGCUCAUUUUCAUAAUCUGUGAACAGAAAUGCUUUGUGCGCACCUUUUAAAAAUUGUAGCAUUUCCUGAAGAUGCAGGCUUGUUUUCCUCAUGACCAAUUCAUUUUUGGUGUAGUGUAUAACUGUGAAACCCCAUACAAAACUCAUAAUGUGAAUGUUCCUGUAUUAUUUACCCUUUAUUAUAAAAGUGUUAAAUUGUAACCAAUUAGCAUGUGUGUGUACCAUCUGUUUCUUAUUCAUCACAGCUUUUUAUUUUGUAUUCAUGAUUUUUCUAUCCAGGGGAGUCCCAUUGAUACAGAAAUCUAUAUUGCAAUGGCCAAGAAAUAUUAUGUUAAGUAAUGUUGCCCAAACUGCAGAUACGUAUGUCUUUGCAGGUGUCGGGUAGACCAUGAAUAUUAUCUGGCCGUGCUUAAAAUGUGAUUUCAAAAUUGGUAAAGCGUGGAGUGAGAAACUGUAGAUUCUUUCAAAGCUUUUGACUGUGUAAUAGUGGGAAGUAAUUUGCAAUCAAAUGAAAACCGCCAAGCCCGGGGCCUCCAAGGUAGCGCAUCCUGUUGAGUAAUUUGUGCUUUGUGUAACGACAAACCCUUUGGCACCCCAAAACAUCUCCCACAGAAGGGAGGUCUGGGUAAUUAGGGUCACCCGUCACCCGCACCCCUACUCCGCUCUUUUUACAGUGGUAGGACAGUCAAUUUGACUACAGCUGUCCUACCAUAACCUAUAACACCAUCCUGCCUGGAUAGAAGCACCAGGUUUUCAGUUGCUGAUUGGUCGAUGGGUCCGAGUUCUGAUUGAAUCUCAGACUUGGUGGUCAGCAGUUGUAAGGAAUGGACUUCAGUGUGAAAUUAGGCAACCCAAUUUUCAAGCUUAUAAGGCCUGGCAAGAAAGUCAUGUCUGCGUCUGCCUGUAAUACCUUUAAUUCUGCUCUGAUAAAUGUAUUCAACUACUAUAUUUAAAAUACAAGGUUCUCAGUUAAAAAAGUUUAAAAAGUGCCUGUCCAGUUUUUUUUUUUCUUUUCAAUCUUGCAUUUUGUUUAAAACCUCCCAAUGGCAUUCAUAAAUGUUUGUUUAUACAUGUUUGGUGACACAUUUGUAAGCAACUUCAUGCAGUGACUUCAGUUCUUAAAAACGUGUCUAAAUUUGGUUGUAUACUAUACUGGACAGCACUGUCACUGGCGUGGAAUGCCAAUUUCACUAUUGUGCGUUUGCAUAAACUUGUUCAGUUUCACUUGUCACCAGUUUAUAUAGGCUAUGUAGCACUGCAUGUUUUAGAACGAUCUAAGCUUACGGUCUUCUGAACUGAGUUCAGACUAGCAGCUGUGUCCACCAUGUUUUACCUGUGAAUUUGUUCCAUGUUGUAUGUUCUUUAUGUCAGUGAAUCAAUCCCUACCCCGUUUAGCUAUCUUUUGUCUUUGUGCUGCUUGAUUCAAAUGGGUUCUUAUUGAUUAGCAGUGAUUGUGUUGAAGUUGCUAAUUUGCUGUGUUCUGCUUUCAGUCAUUUUGGCUGUUAAUCUUGACUGAAUGUAUCAUUAGUAAAACCUUCACAGUUGUAUACACUUUGAAUGUAUCUAAUUCAGACUUAAAUUUAGUUCAGAUUGAUGCAUGGCUCUUGUGUAUUUCAAUAAAUAGUAUUAACUGAAACUAA